AUGCCAGCCAAUGGCAGUGCUGAGGAGAGCAUGUGUUGUCAACAGGAGGCAAUCCGUUACACUGCUUAUCGCCAGGUCGUCCGCAGGGCAUAUGCAUUCUGGGCAGAACACAUUAGGAAGCCCUAUUCCAAGUCCUGUUGGUCUCAUUGGUGGGGGGAGUGGGCGAUAAGGGGGGGGGGGGGGGACGGGAUUGGGGGGGGGUUGGGUGUUCCCGAGGGGGGGGGGGAGCGGGGGGAGGGGGGGGGGGGGGGGGAGGGGGGGGAGUCGUACAGUCCUGGAAGGCCCAUAGAAUACCAGGCAGAGGGAUACCGAACCAACUUGCAGCAGCUGGCUGCCCCUCUAGAAUCCCAAUUGAGUUGA